AUGCUCGACCUCGCCACCCUCCGUAAAAUCUGCGAAGACACAAUCACACGUUCCCCCACCAUAACGUCCACCACCCCUUCUAGCAGCCUAACCAGUACAUUCAUCCCCUCGCAGCUCCCACCUCUCACCCGUACUUCACCCGCCUACCCAAAUCUUACCCUCACAACGCCCAUCAAAAUUUACAACAGCGACUCCUUUGCCCUAGCCCGCGUGCUCGACGCCAAUUCCCCCAAUGCGAGCAAAGGAAAAACAGGAGUCCUGAAUCUAGCCUCGGACGAAACACCAGGUGGGGGUUGGCGAUACACGCUAUCCAAAACACAAGAGGAAGCUCUAUGUUACUCUUCUACGCUUUACGCGACACUACAUCCGGACUGGUAUCCCUGGCCCAACACAGGUCCAGGGUCUUGCGCGGGAAUCGUAUCACCAGGUGUUGUCGUUUUCCGGGAUACACUCGACAACGACCUUGUUGAGCUGCCAGAGUCGGAACGGCAUGUUGUUGUUGUGAUCACGGUAGCUGCACCACGGUUUCCGGGGCUGGAUAGGCCAGGGGAGGCGUUUGCUAAAGAAGAGGAUUUGAGGGAUUUGAGGGAAAAGAUUUUAUUGGUAUUGAGGAUGGCGGCGGGAGAAGGCGUGACGAGGUUGGUGUUGGGGGCUAUGGGGUGUGGGGCUUAUGGGUGUCCGCCGGGGGUUGUGGCGAGGGAGAUGAAGAGGGCGUUGCAGGAUGGGGAGUUUGAGGGGUGGUUUGAGAGUGUGGCAUUUGCUGUAUAUGCUGCUGGGGCGAAGGGAAAGAAGAAUUUGGAAGUUUUUAAGCAAGUCUUUGAAUGA